CUUCACUUUCGCUUCAAAUUCCCUUUUUUUUAAGCGACCAUCAGUUUUUUUUAAACCUUCGAAAGAAUUUAGCAAAAUGGCGACUUUCGGGAGAGGGAUCUGUAUCAUCACAGGAGCGUCUAAAGGGUUUGGACGGGCGCUGGCUCAUGAAGUGUCCCACUCUCUGGAGCCUGGCUCCGUCCUCCUGCUGGUGGCUCGCUCUGGGACUUUGCUGCAGGACCUGAAGGAAGAGUUGCACAGCUUCAGUGAGAGACAGCAUCUGAUUGUUCACUGCAUCGCCGUCGACCUGAGCACCAGAGAAGGGGUGAAUGAAACAGUGAGGAUAGCGAGGCAGGAGGCUGUAAAUGAAAUUGAUCAUGUGCUCCUUAUCAACAAUGCUGGCUCUUUGGGUGAGAUUUCCGGAUUUGAGAACUUCACAGAUCUUGAAAUGGUGAAUUCCUAUCUGUCCUUUAACGUCAGCUCAGCUCUGGCGUUGACUGCAGGAAUCCUGCAGGUAUUUCCAUGCCGAGCCGGCCUGCGAUGGAACGUGGUGAACGUCUCGUCUAUAUUUGCACUGAAGGCCUUACCGUCCUGGGUUCUGUACUGCACCGCCAAGGCCGCCAGGAAGAUGAUGUUCAGCGUUCUGGCUGAGGAGGAACCAAAUAUCAAGGUCCUCAGCUAUUCACCAGGUCCGAUGGACACAGAGAUGCAGGAGGAUAUUCUGAGGUUAACAGGCACCCGCCAUUGUCUGUUACCCUGCCAGGAGUCUGCAGUCAAACUGGUUAAGUUGCUUCAUGACAAUGACUUUCCCUCAGGGAAACACCUCGACUUCUUUGAAGUGUGAUGUUCGUAUAAUUGAGAAUGAAGAAUCAUUAUUAACAAAUGUAUAUAACUAGAUUUUACAUGUGUGUGUGUGUAUCCAUGGCGAACUGUGAGUAUUAGAG